AUGGCUCAAAUCGAGAGUUGCAAGGCUCCAUUUAACGAUUGGCCAAAUGAUGCAGGCUUUGAAGCGUCAGUCGAGCAUCGAGAGCCCGUUGAAUUAACAGUCACCGGGUCAAUCCCCUCGUACCUGGCUGGUACGCUGUACCGAAUCGGCCCAGGGACGUACAAGGUUGAGGGCAGCGCGUACCAACUCAGUCACUGGUUCGAUGGGUUCUCGUAUUUGCAUCGAUUCCAGCUGGUGGCGCAACCGACAGGAAAAUGCAAGGUGCUCUACAAUUCGCGCGGACAGGUCGAUGCAUUGAUCGAGGAAGCACGCAAGUCGGGGACACUGAAGGGUCUCACAUUUGGCCAGAAACGGGAUCCAUGCGAGAGCAUCUUCCGGAAGGUAAAAGUGUUCUUUAGACCCGCAUUUAAUCAAAAAAACUCAGAGCUUGUCAAUGCCGGUGUCACCAUCUAUGCCAAUGCCCCCGGUGUGCCUCGUCACUUGAAACAGUCCAGAUCCUCCUCGCCAUUUAGCAGCCUGACGUCACUAACAGAUGCCAAUAUACUGAAACACAUCGACCCCGAGACUUUGCAGCCUUUGGGAGUCACACGCCAGGACAGUCUGCACCCCGAUCUUAAGGGUCCGCUUUCGUGCGCUCAUGCCGAGUUUGACGCGGCAUCGGGGGACAUGUACAAUUACAACCUAGACCUAGGGAGGUACGCAACUUAUCGAAUAUUCCGGACCUGUGCAGCGACCGGUGCCACGAAGAUUAUCGCAACCAUCAGGGGUCCCGACGUCAAGCCCGCGUAUCUUCACUCCUUCUUUCUCAGUGAGGAUUACGUGAUCCUCUGUAUUUGGCCCGCCAUCAUUCGUAUGAAUGGCAUUCAGAUUCUUUGGAAAAGAAACUUGGCCGAUGCCAUUCAGUUCAAUCCCAGUCUGCAAGCGCGGUGGUAUGUGGUUGACCGGAAACAGGGUAGAGGGGUUGUAGCCAUGUACUUGAGCCCUGCCUUCUUCAGCUUCCAUACGAUCAACGCAUGGCAGAAGGACAACGGUGAUGGUACUAUAGAUGUCAUGUGUGAUAUCAUCCAAUAUCCCACCGAUGAGAUGAUCCAGCGGGGAUAUUAUGACACCAUGGUCUCGACGGGUUCGGAAGUGACCAAGUACUAUGGCAGCGAAGCCUCCCGGCCCAGCCUCGUCCGCUAUCGUCUACCCGGUGUCCCCAAAAAGGGCCACCGCGAGGCACCAGCUAACGGCACAGAUUUUCCGGAGGCAGAAACUCUGCUGAGGAUCGACGACAACUGCGUCGGGGACCUCCCCACCAUCAACCCAAAGUUCAACACCAAGAAAACGCGAUAUGUUUACAAUCUCGUGAAUCAGGGGAAGUCCUCAUUUUUUGAAGGCAUCGCCAAAGUUGAUCUCGAAACGCGAGAUUAUCAGCUCUGGUGCCACGAGCGGCAUACUCCGGGAGAAGCGAUUUUCAUUCCCGAUGGCACAAACGAGGAGGAGGAUGCUGGAUACCUUCUCAGUGUUGUCCUGGAUGGGGAUAAAGGUACAAGCUACCUUCUUUGCCUCAACGCGCGAGAUAUGAAAGAGGUUGGGCGUGCGGAGUGUGAUUCAGCAAUUGGAUUUGGCUUUCAUGGAUCCCACUACCCGGCAGAUAAUUAG